CUCUUUUCAGCGUCACACAAAACAUUGUCCAGACAACCGGCAGCGGUUGGAGCUGUAAGAUGAGUCUGAGCUCAGUCAGUUUGAGCUUUACUGAUGUUUUAUGGGCUUUUCUGGCUUCAUGUUUCCUUUUAGCUUUCUGUGUUCACAAGAUAUCUCUGAGACAUGAAACCCGUCGUGUUUACGUGUUAUUUCAGGAUCUGAUUCGAUACGGAAAAACAAAACAAACCCUCAAACGAGAUGACAGACUGCGACUGUUUGACGUCCCGAAGAGGUGGUUCUGGCACUUCUAUGCCAUCUCUGUUGGCUGGAAUGGUCUUCUUCUGACCAUCUACCUGAACUUGAUAUUUCAGCAUCAGUCAUUACCGUCAUGGCUGACUGGAAUAUUAGACAUUUUGACAGGUGUACCGAGCACCGACAGUCACGUCCCACAGCUGUCUACUCUGCUGGUGCUGCUGCUGCUCUGCGUCCACUCCCUCAGGAGGCUGCUGGAGUGCCUCUUUGUCAGCGUUUUCUCUGAUGGAGCCUUACAUUUGGUGCAGUAUGUAUUCGGCGUGUGCUAUUACAUCGUACUGGGGUUGACUGUGCUCUGCUCAGAUCGUCUGGAAAAAGGGACUGGAACCCUCCUCUCUCAGCUGGACUGGUUUCAUGUGGCUGGAAGUGCACUUUUCAUCGGGGCCUCACUGAUGCAGCAUCAGUCCAUGGUCCUGCUGGCCAGGCUCCGCACUGGAAAGACAGGAGCAGUGGAGACGCUGGCUCACAGAGCGCCGGAGGGCGGCUGGUUCGAGCUGGUGUCUUGCCCACAUUACUUCGCUGAGCUACUGAUCUACGUCUCGCUGAGUUUGGUUUUCGGCGGUCUGACUCUCACCUGGUGGCUCGUUGUCCUUUAUGUGCUCUUCAACCAGGCGCUGGCAGCACAGCUUUGUCACGAGCUUUAUAUCAGCAAAUAUGAGUCAUACCCAAGACACAGAAAAGCAUUUAUACCUUUUGUGCUGUGAAAAGUUGUCAUUUUGCGUUCCUGUUUUGGGAACUGUAAAGUCCUUGCAAAAUGUCAGAGACAUCUGAGGAUCUGAAGGUGUGAGAGUAAAACUCACCUCUCUCUCUGCGUUGAUUGACAAGGUGCUCUCGACCAAGUGAAGCUGCUCAAUAGUCGACAGGACGACAUGUGAGGCAUGGCAGAGCCGCAGAAACAUUUGUCUCUCCAGGUGAGAGGUGAGCUGUGAGACUGAUGUGAAGAAAUGAGGAAUGUUACAAAUCACUUGUUCAUUGCAAGAUAUUGUUUUUGUUAUAAUAAGGUACAUUCAUGUAAUAAUAAUGACACAUUUUCUCUAUUAUAACAUGCAGACUUAUCUUGUUGUAACACAUAAGAUAAGUAAAGUUGUUAAAUAAGGAUGUUUAAAAUGUUUCUUUGAUAAAAAAAAAGGUCCUUGAGAAUAUUAAAUCAGAUAAAUUGAGGCUUUGACUGAAUAUUUUUCUUGUUAUAGCAACAUAAAAUGUUCUCUUCAUAACAACACAUACCGGCUUGUCUUUUAUAAUGAUGGUUUUGUUAAAAUAAGUGGGUAUGUCGCGAUAACAAGAGAAAUAUACAAGUUAUUUUUUUACAACAAGAACAUUUUCAUGGUACAAACAACAAUAUCCUGCUAUUGUUCAAACGUUGGGAAGAUGUUUUUUGAUAUGAUAUCACUUUUGUUGUAUUAAAUACUACACAUAUACCCAAUAAAAAGGAAAACUGAU